AGCCUGGGGAGGGACGCGGGCGGGGACGGAGCUCGGCGUGCUUGCUGCUGCAGGGUGAUGGCCCUGCAAGGCUGUGGGCUCCGACCUCACCCGGAGUCGACAGCGAGAGGUUCGCCGAAGAGCGAGGUUCUGGGCGAGCGCUGAACGCCGGCCCCAAGCACCCCGGGUCUUUACACAGUCCGCGUCCACAGACUCUGACGAAGACGUGGAUCUGCUCUCGCUUUAGCUGCUCGCGGUCCUCCAGAUAAUGUCCGCGACUCCUGCGACUCCGCGCGGAAAAAAAAGUUUGCCAGGCGUGGACUCAAUGACCUUUCCAAGCUGUGCGCCUCGCUGCCUGGACCGGGUCUGAGCGCGGCUGCCCAGGUUGACCUUUCUGCGGGAGAUGGGGCUGAGGGCAGAGGAAGGAAAAAGAAAACCUCCGAGGUCAGUGCGGGGCGAGGUGAGCCCCUCCCAGGGCCCUCUGGCCCAGGAGGAUGAAGCGCGCCGGCUUCGCUCUUGCACGCCGGCUUGCCGUCCGGGUAAGCGCGGGAAAGGCGGCCUCAGGGCGCGGCGGCAGCGCAGCGCGUGGGAUCUCACGACCCAUCCGUUAACCCACCGUUCCCAGGAGCUCCGAGGCGCAGCGGCGACAGAGGGCUUUCUCUACGUGCUGUUGUCUCACUGGGUUUUUGUCGGAGCCCCACGCCCUCCGGCCUCUGAUUCCUGGAAGAAAGGGUUGGUCCCCUCAGCCCCCCCAGCAUCCCGGAAAAUGGGGAGCAAGGCUCUGCCAGCGCCCAUCCCGCUCCACCCGUCGCUGCAGCUCACCAAUUACUCCUUCCUGCAGGCCGUGAACACCUUCCCGGCCACGGUGGACCACCUGCAGGGCCUGUACGGUCUCAGCGCGGUACAGACCAUGCACAUGAACCACUGGACGCUGGGGUAUCCCAAUGUGCACGAGAUCACCCGCUCCACCAUCACGGAGAUGGCGGCGGCGCAGGGCCUCGUGGAUGCGCGCUUCCCCUUCCCGGCCCUGCCUUUUACCACCCACCUAUUCCACCCCAAGCAGGGGGCCAUUGCCCACGUCCUCCCAGCCCUGCACAAGGACCGGCCCCGUUUUGACUUUGCCAAUUUGGCGGUGGCUGCCACGCAAGAGGAUCCGCCUAAGAUGGGAGACCUGAGCAAGCUGAGCCCAGGACUGGGUAGCCCCAUCUCGGGCCUCAGUAAAUUGACUCCGGACAGAAAGCCCUCUCGAGGAAGGUUGCCCUCCAAAACAAAAAAAGAGUUUAUCUGCAAGUUUUGUGGCAGACACUUUACCAAAUCCUACAAUUUGCUCAUCCAUGAGAGGACCCACACGGACGAGAGGCCGUACACGUGUGACAUCUGCCACAAGGCCUUCCGGAGGCAAGAUCACCUGCGGGAUCACAGAUACAUCCAUUCCAAAGAAAAACCCUUCAAAUGUCAGGAGUGUGGGAAAGGAUUUUGUCAGUCUAGAACUCUAGCAGUUCACAAAACUUUACACAUGCAGGAAUCUCCACACAAAUGUCCCACAUGUGGAAGAACCUUUAAUCAGAGAAGUAAUCUGAAAACUCACCUUCUCACCCAUACAGACAUCAAGCCCUACAGCUGCGAGCAGUGCGGCAAAGUGUUCAGGCGAAACUGUGAUCUGCGGCGGCACAGCCUGACUCACACCCCGCGGCAGGACUUCUAGAGAAGCCCAGGAUCUGUCCCGUGCCGCCGCUGCUCCCCUCCCCAGACACCUCUCCACGUCUCCUACCCGGGGGGUCGCAUCCCUAGCCCUUCACUGACCCCAGCUCUUCCCUUGCUGCAGCCGCACCUGCAGCUCCAGGGAGUUAACUCUUCUUCUGGGGGACUGAGAACUGUAGAAAGCCACACACUACUACAUCCCAUCACAAAGAGUAUAUGCUAGUUUCUUGUAGAUAUUCACAGCUCAUUUUAGAGCUCUGUACAUAAUGUUGUGGGUCUUUGUUUUGUUGUUUUGUUUGUUUUUGGAUCUUGUUGGAUGCACUUAGAUAUGGAAAAUGGAACCCAAAUUUUAUCUUUAAAGACUGUAUUUUCAAAAUAAAACUUUUUCUUGUUUGUUUCAA